AUGACGUUCACAUCCGAUGAUUAUUCCGGUGAUGAAAAAAUGAGUAGCCCAAUGGCUGAUUGCAAAUCAAAGCGUAUAAAGUUUACUCCUGAAGAAGAUUUUAUUUUAGAACAACAAGUUGCCAAAUAUGGAGCCCGAAAAUGGAACACAAUUGCUCAGGCUCUUCCAGGAAGAACAUCUCGUCAGUGCCGAGAUAGAUAUAUGAACUAUUUGGAGAAAGGUUUGACAAAUGAACCUUGGUCCAGUGAAGAUGAUCGUUUAUUGGAGCAGCUCUUUGCCGUGUAUGGAACCAAAUGGUCACAGAUAGCUAAGUAUUUUGCCGGUAGAUCCUCCAAUAACAUUAAAAAUAGAUGGUAUACCCAUUUGCAGAAAAGAUUUAAACCAAAACUCCGGAUAAGACAAAAUAUAAGUUUACCGACAAUGGAAAAGAAGACUAAGUUACCCGCUUUUCAGAUAGAUUUCGGAGAAUCAAGCGGUAUUGACAGUUUUCUCUGCGAAAUUAGAAGAAAGGCUCAACAUUCUAUUCAAGCAUACAUUGAAUAA